AUGCAGGCCGGCCCUCAUAAAGACCGAAACAUGAAGGGAACAAAAAAUUGGGUUGUGCCCAUUAGCAAAUAUGACCGGGGUUCUAUGUCACAGGGCAAUGAGCCGCAAUACUUUGAUAUUAGCUCAGACUCAGAGGAGGACUCCUCUGAGGGGGAGUGGAAAGGCACCGGGGAGCCCGAAAAUCAUGAUCAGCGUGUUGCUAGGCUGUCGCGGUUGGUGCGUGAGGAAGGAAAGGCCAUGGACGAGGAGUUGGGCAUGGGUGUUGCGUGUGUGACUCCUUCUUUGCUUGCUGAGUUGAAGGAAGACCUGCGUAUUGCUGAGUUGCUUCAAGAACAUGACGAGUGCGAAAGGGACGUUGAGCUUGGUUGUUCAAGGUUUGCGCUGCAUCGGUUGGCUUCUGUUGAGCAUGAGCUGAAAAAUGCUUGGAGGUCUGCCGAGACAAGGAGCUUGGAGCAAGUGAGGGCACUGAAUGUGCCUCUGGCGGACUCCAAAUCAUUCGGUCGGCCAAGCUUGAUGCAGGUUGGCUUGGGUGGUCAGAGCGUGGUUGAGGCUGAGAGUCGAUCAGUUGAACCUGUUGAGCGUGGUGAUUCUGUUGAGUAUGGUGAUUCCGUUGAGCUUGGGAACUCCGUUGAGCUUGGUGAUAGUGUCGAGCUUGAUUUGCGUGGUGACUUGGUUCCGGGGGAGUCCUUGAAAGAUGUUCACCCUAGCUUUGGGCUAGAGACGCCAGAGCUUACCAUGAAGGGUGCUCAGCCGACUCCAGGAGCGCUGUUGCAGACCAGGAUCAUUUCACAAUCAGAGGUUUGGGCGGACAUCGAGGCAUGGCGCCAGCCGCUCACCGACGAGGUGACAGCAUUGAAGAAUGUACAUCAAGCGGUGUGGCCCAUUGGACCGGACGAGCUCCAACGACUUGAGCAGUUGGCAACUGUGUCGGUUAUACCGGGGUCAGUGCCGCGGCCACUAACGGGAAAUCUGGACUUCGAGACGUUGGUCAAGAAGUUGCAAUCUGUUCAGGGUGAUAGGGUUAAGAUUGUGGUGGUUUCCCCUCCAAAGAUCUUGGUUCGUUUAGGACUUGUAGAAGAAUCGGAGAAGUGGUUGGUGGUUAAGGCUUUGUACGGCCUUGCGGAGGCGCCGCGGCGAUGGAGUGCGCACAGAGACUUGUUGCUUCGACAGCUGGCGUGGGAAGACAACGGCCGAAGAUAUUCCCUGGAUGCCUGUGUUGCUGACAACAAUCUAUGGCGUAUCGUGAGCAAAGCAAAGCCUGAGACCACAGAGGACAUCCAAGGGGUAAGGCUUCACGGCCUUCUUGGAGUGUACGUAGACGACAUGCUCAUCACGGCGAACAAUGAGGUGCAGACCAAAUUGCUGCAAGAACUCCGCCGGCUUUGGUCUACUUCAGAUCCGGAGAUAGCUGAUGUGGGACUGGUUGAAAUCUAUGGUGAUGCAAGCUUUGCACCGAGCAGUGCAAAGAGUCAAACUGGCUUGGUGGCAACCCUGAGCGGUUUUCCCCAGUCAAGGGGUAGUGUAGGGUCAAAACGAGCCAUGGGAAUCGGAACGGUUGUUCUUGCCCUUUCCAUCCUGGCACUGGCAGCCUCAAAGAUAACCAUCACUGUUGAAGACAGCGAGGAUGGAGGCCGUGUCAUGGACAUGCUGCUUGUGCUUGGUGCGUCGCUGCUGGUGAUGGCUGCUUACGCGUUGCGUCGUUGGUGUGUCAGCGGUGCCAACAAUGAUCCGGUUGAGGUGAGUGGCAGUGGCAAGGAUGAAGAUGAAUGGCGUACCCGAAAGUCCCCAGCGGAGGAUCACCCAGGUGUAUCGCAGGCACUGGAUGAGCAACCUGGCUUGCGAAAAAUGUCUGGCUCCGGAUUCCAAAAUUCCAGUUUUUCUGGCUUGGGAAAAGGGGACGCUCCGCACCACAGUGACAGUUCGUCUGGCUUGGGAAAAGAGGACGCUCUGCACAACAGUGACAGUUCAGCUGGCUUGGGACAAAGGAUGGCUUCACCUAGCACGGUGAUAACCCAAACUGGCGUGCGACAAGUGGUCGAGGAUGAGAUCCAGGAGGGAGAAAUCCGUAUUCACCCAUAUUGGAGGCCUCCGCGGGUACCGCCGCGAAUGAUGUGGCCGGAGCUUCCAGCAUGGGGCGGACCACCAUCUCUGUUCCAUCAACCUACACCAACUUUCGUGUCCAAGGAUGAGUGGGUGGUAAGCAAGGAACGUGGCGUGCUGACUCGGUUUCAUGGAAGCGCCAGACUAUAUCUGUUCGACCCCCACAAGGCAAAGUUGCCCCUCGGCAUCAGAAUGGCUCAGCUGACAGGCCAGCGUCGUUCCUUUCUCAAGUUUGAGGAUGCUAGCCGGCCUACGACCAUCUUUGAAGACUCCUUUGGGGAGGUCGGUGCAAGGAAGAUGGAGACGGCCUGGAAGGGUAGGACUGAAUUCGCACUUCAUCCGCAUGCGAAUGUCCAGACAGUUGCCUAA